GUUACAUUUUCAUUAUUUUUAUUAUAAGGCCCGCUGAAAAUGACUGAGUAUAAACUUGUGGUAGUUGGAGCUGGUGGCGUAGGCAAGAGCGCCUUGACGAUACAGCUAAUUCAGAAUCACUUUGUGGAUGAAUAUGAUCCUACGAUAGAGGACUCCUACAGGAAACAAGUAGUAAUUGAUGGAGAAACCUGUCUCUUGGACAUUCUCGACACAGCAGGUCAAGAGGAGUACAGUGCAAUGAGGGACCAGUACAUGAGGACUGGGGAGGGCUUUCUUUGUGUAUUUGCCAUAAAUAAUACUAAAUCAUUUGAAGAUAUUCACCAUUAUAGAGAACAAAUUAAAAGAGUAAAAGACUCUGAAGAUGUGCCUAUGGUCCUAGUAGGGAAUAAAUGUGAUUUGCCUUCUAGAACAGUAGACACAAAACAGGCUCAGGACUUAGCAAGAAGUUACGGGAUUCCAUUUAUUGAAACUUCAGCAAAGACCAGACAGGGUGUUGAUGAUGCCUUCUAUACAUUAGUCCGAGAAAUUCGAAAACAUAAAGAAAAGAUGAGCAAAGAUGGUAAAAAGAAGAAAAAGAAGUCAAAGACAAAGUGUAUAAUUAUGUAAAUACAAUUUGUACUUUUUUCUUAAGGCAUACUUAAGUAAAAGUGGUAAUUUUUGUACAUUACACUAAAUUAUUAGCAUUUGUUUUAGCAUUACCUAAUUUUUUUUUUUUUCUGUUCGUGCAAACUGUCAGCUUUUAUCUUAAAUCUUAUUUUAAAGUGACAGUGGAAACUCUUUUCUCUGAGUGCCAGUACUCCCUGGGUUUGGACUAAACUAGCAGUGCCUCUGGGAGAGACUGGAGGCCUGGGGCUCGGCCCUGGGAUUUGGUGCAUGCAGUUGAUUCCAGGCUAAUUCUCUGAGCAGCUGUGAGCAUUGUGUGAGCCCAAGUAAUGAAGCUUUUGAACCAUUCCUGCUCUGUGGCACCUAGUCAUUCGGUGACUUAGUUAGUAAUUACAGCUCCAUUUGAGACCUUGUGGUUGGUUUUACUAAGACUGAAGAAUAGAUUUAUGGGCUUCCCUUUGGUUCACUUCUAGCAUGUCCUCGAGUUUGUCAACCUUCCUAAAUAUAGUUAGACUGUUCACAAAGGCUUUCUCCUGCUUUCCACUGCUAUUAGUCAUGGUCACUCCCCAGAAUAGUAUAUUUUUUCUAGAAAAGGGAAAAAUGGGGGGAAAAAAGCCAAUGGAAAAUAGUGAAUAAAAGUCCAUUCUGUGUUGGAUAAAUUACUGUAAGAUUCCAAAUAGCUUUUCCUAGUAAGGCAGACCCACUAAGAAAUAGUAACCGUUGGGCCAUAUUUACAUGCUACUAAAUUUUUGUAAUAAUUAAAAAUUUUUAACAUAUAUAAAAAAUUCUCAUAGUAUAAUACCCCUGUGUCAGAGUGUUCUUAGCUUAACUUUUAAGGUUUUUUUUUUGAACGUAUGUCCUUGGAAGUAGUUUUAAGUCUGGUUGGGAAACUGAAGAUGACUUGAGACAGUUACAGCUUAGCAGGUGCUGAAGUCAAACUUGCACGCUGGGCCCUGAUGACCCUGUGAUGAUUGUUACCAGGUUUAAGUGCUGCCACAUUCCAUGUGGGUGGAAAUGGAGGACAAGGAAAGUUUGGACAGCUCAGUACAAUGCAUUCUCACCAUGUAGCAGUCCUGCUGACAAAUCAAUAUUUCUUUGUUUAAGAUAAUAAAAUUUCAAUGUUAGCUUCAAGGUUGAGAUUUUUGGGGUAGGAGGCUACAAAGAGAGUAAAUCUUUACAGUGCAUGUUUGACUAGUCUCUGAACUCUGAACAAACAUUUCUAAGGACUCCCCAAACCUGAUAUGUAUUUAGAAAUAUCUAGUGCUUUAAGAAUAGAUAAGUUAACAGCAAAAACAAUCCCUUCAAUCCACCUAAUGCAUUCCUUCAAAUGUCUGAAGUGAUUAAAAUCCACUGGACUAUGAGGACUGGAUGUCUGUCUUUUGGAAACCUGACUUUAGGCAUAUCACUUGAUGUGAAAUCAUCUCAGAGACUCUUCUCAGCCAUGUGGUUUACAGACCGUUUACACACUGCUACACCAGGUAGUCACGCUCAGCACAAUCUGUAACUUUUUUACACGGAUUGUCUUGGCAAAUUGUGCAAGAGUUCGUUUGUAUGUCACUAUCCAUUCUGCAGUUGCAGGGCUACCUUCUAACAUACCCCUAACUUAGUGUCGUUUUCUUUUACUUCUGUAACGUCUCCCACUUCAAGUAUUAUUUCUGCAGUGAACAAACACAUGAAAUUUGCCCGCUACGGAGGGUACAACAAAGUUGCCUGUGACUUUCUUCCCCAGGGCUUAAAAUAAUAAUCCAACAGAAGCCAUAGUGGGAUUUGAACUAAUAGCUGGUUUUCAGGUGGCCACUACAGAAAUUUGAUCUUGAUCCUUUGGACUUCAUGCCUGCAGCUAAGUAGGAAUUUCAGAUUUAGUGUGCACAGAGAAAACACUGUCUAUGGAAGAAAAGCUUGGUCAUCAUCUAGGUGUGAUCCUGGGUAGUGAUGGAUUCCACAUUGUUUAAUAAAAAUAACAAUGAAAAACACUUUACAGUUUCAAUCAUGAAACUCAUUUUUAAAGUCAGAAUUUAUUUACUCAGCAUUUAUUCAGUGCUUGUCUUAUGCUAGGCACCACACAAGCCACUGGAGAUGUGAUGUGAUAAUUCCCAAAAAAGGGACACAAUCUUUGCUGGCGGUGUGUAGCAUGGCCUGUAAGACUUUAGUAAGGCAUAUGGCACAUGACCUAGAAAGAAUGGAAUGCAUGGUUUUGCAGAGAGGGGUUUGAUCUCUUACAGUUUUCCCUCAAUUCAGCAAGAAUUGUUUGGUGUGAUUCCAAUGCAACUCUUUCAUCAGCUACUUUGUAUUCUUCUAAAGGAAUAGACAUUCCCUAAUCUAGUUUUCACCUUAUCUAAAUAAUUUUUAAAAACUUCCAAAAAGUAAAUACCAACUUCUAAAAUAGUUUUUAUUUGGGUACAAGUAAACAGGAACCUGAGUUUAUUUGCAGGAAAGUAAACAAAAUCAGUAUGAUUUCUGAAAUGUUCUAAACUAUGCAUAUUUAUAGAACAAUCUGUCUGUGGAUGUUAAGUCUUUUGGGUGGUGGUAGAGGGCAUCUAAGAGUUCCUCUGCAGUCCUGGCUGUCCUGGAACUGGCUCUGUAGACCAGGCUGGCCUUGAACUCAAGAGAUCCACCUGCCUCGGCCUCCCGAGUGCUGGGACUAAAGCCACCACUGCCCGGAUAGUAAAUCUUAACACAAUUAGUAACACUUACUGUUUGCUUCUAUAUAGCACAGGUGGACUGCAGGAGCUGCAGUACAUAAUCAGAUAGUAUUGGACGCAGUUCAGUUUUUAUAAUGGGUCUGGGCAGGUGUUGAGGUAAUGGUAAUUACUAUUAUGUAAUUUUGAAUUGUUAUCCUUUUGUUAACAAAAAGGUUUUGUAGAGUUUUUUUUUUUUUUUUUUAAGAAGGGAAGAAGUCCUAGCAACAAGUAAAUGUUAUACAGUUACUUUAGCCUUAAGUCCUGUUGAAGUUGAAAACCAGUGCUAAAUCAUAGUCAUAGGUAUUGACAUGUUUGUGAGAAGAAUAUAGCAGCAAAAUACAAUUUGGUAAAUAAUCUUCAGUCAGGAAUUCUAGGCUCUAUUGACUGAGUCACACUGCAUAGGAAUCUAGAUCCUAACUUUUUUAGGUUAUUAAGACCCUUGUCACCAUUGCACAAUUUUGUCUUAAGUUCUGUGAGGCAUGUCAAAAGUUACAGUUUGCACAAAUUCAUCUCAUUUUGUAUUCCACUGAUUUUCCAUUUUCCCCCAAAAAAUACAUAUUUAGGAGGGGAGGGUUGUAGGCAAUAAAAAUUCAAACUCCAUUUGUUAAAAAGUAGUGAUCUGUUGAUAAUUGUGUAGUCAUAUUUUAAGACAAAGUUACUUUAAAGGUGAAUUUAUACUACUAAUUUCUGUAUAAUACUGGGUAGCAUGAAUUCUGCUCUGAAAAAAAAAUUGAACAGAUACACCCAGUAGUUGUCAAACAUGAAGAUUAUUUCUAAAGUACAUUCAUUUUCAAAGAAUAGUUAUUAGUUAGAUUCAGAUUUGUGGUUUAGUUUAACAGUUUGAAGUGCCUGUUUGGGAUGGUAGGCAUUGUAGAUGAAUUUGGGAAAAGUACUCUACAGGAAUGUCAGUUUUAGACCCAGCCACCCCCAGCCAGCUGAGUGGGCCGUGUGCUGAUUACCUCCAGGCCCCCAACUCCACUGUCCAUGUCUUCGUGUUGGGAACACUUAUGCAUUUUUAUUUCAGUGCCAAUUUCUUACUAGUGCUAUUUCUUAAUGUAACAUGUUUACCUGGGAUGUAUUUUAACUAUUUUUGUAUAGUGUAACUGAAACAUGCACAUUUUGUACAUUGUGCUUUUCUCCCAUUCUUUCUUAUUUUCUUUUGUGUGUGUGUGUGGGACAUAUGCAGUGUGAUCCAGUUGUUUUCCAUCCUUUGGUUGUGCUGACCUAGGGAAUGUUGGUCAUAUCAAACAUUAAAUUUAAAAAUGACCACUCUUUUAAUUAAAAUUAACUUUUAAAUGUUUAUAGGAGUAUGUGCUGUGAAGUGAUCUGAAAUUUGUAAUAUUUUUGUCAUGAACUGUACUGCUCCUAAUCAUUGUAAUGUAAUAAAAUAGUUACGGUGACUAUGAA